CACACUCUUCAGCUCAGUCUAUCAUCUCUUGCAGCCAGCACGACUCCCCGGACAGACGUCUUGAACGAUGGCAUAUACUCUCUCUUUCCCAUCUGACAGACCGUUGGUCACUGUAACACAUCCGACGACUACUGCAUGGGUCAUUGAAAUGCAUCACGGCGAGGACAACCGCUUCACCGAGGCAUUCGUAAGCAACGCGCUUAUGCCUGCGCUGGAUGCCGUAGAGCGUGACUGGCGCGAAGGGUGGCGCUCGGCCAGGGCGGCCAAAGACAAGGAGGGCGGCAAGGGCUUCCUCGUCAUCACAGGAAAGCGUAACCAGAACAAGUUCUUCAGCAAUGGACUGGACUUCGACAAUCUCGCCAAGGAUCCCAAUUUUCCUAUCAAUUUCUUCCCUCUUGUGAUGAAUCCAUUCUACCGCCGAGUCUUGACAUUCCCCAUUCCAACGGUGGCCGCCAUCAAUGGACAUUGCUUCGCAGCUGCAAUGAUCCUCUCAUUGUGCUGUGACUACCGCGUCAUGACAGAUGGCAGCAGUCGGAAUGCGUGGGUCUGCAUGAAUGAGGUGCACUUUGGCGCUGGUUGGCCUUUAGCUAUUGCCGCAGUCGUGCGCGCCAAGGUGUCUGAUGCGCGCACACACCGCAAGAUCGCUCUGGAAGGAUAUCGGUUCACUCCACAGGAAGCUGUCGAAGCAGGUUUCAUUGACCACUUGGUCAAGGGCGAUAGUGAGGCCAUUAUUGCUAAGGCAAUGGAGGUAGGCGACUCCGCUAGCGGUAUGGCCAGGAUGGGCGCAUGGGGUGUCAUCAAGCGGGACUUGUAUCGGGAUGUGCUGGAGGCGAGUGCUCGGGACAUACUCCAAGCCAAUGUUUUGUCAGAGGAUGCUGCAGCGAAGGCGAAGCUGUAACGCUACGAUCUCCUUGAUGGAGCUAUACAAACGUAUGCCGUGAUUGACGCGAACUAUAUCCCUGGAU